CCUCGUUUGUCCCUUCGCUACGGUUAAGCAGCAGUCGCAGGGUUCCCCUGUUCAUCAUCGUUUUACCCUUGUCUUCUCAUCAUCAUCUGCUCGACGAUACGGAGUAGGCCGUCCUCAUUAGCACGAGCCUCUCGACGCCGCCGACUCAGAGGAACAAGGCUCGGCUUGGUGUGUCGACUUGUGUAUUCACGACAUCUUCACAUUCAUUCAUCGUCCUCAUCCAUUCAUCAUUCACUCUCAUCAUCCAUUCCUUCAUCCACGUUGUCAAGGAUCAAUGUCAAAUACCUGCUCGACUCGCUUUUGAGAGCAUCAUCGCCGGAUCCCUCACCUCAUCAACCACUCAAUCAAUAGAGUUCACCUCAUCUACGCCCGCCCGAUGUCGCGGGCUGAGAUGAGAGCUGCCGCCACGAAGGCCACCGCCAGAAGGUGGUCGCCGUCACGGCGGUCGACGCUCUCUGCGACGCUCCAUGGCACGCGUAUCCUUUUCUUCCUCACUCUCGCCCUCUUUGCGGCUAAUGUUGUCGGCCAGGACGCCACUUCAGUGGCUUCCCCGUCCCCAACGCCAGGAAGGGGCGUAGAGGGGACCGGCAGCGAGAAGUCAUUGGGCAGCCACGCCAACAUCGUCGACAUCUCCAUUGCGCUCGCCUCGUUACUCGGAUGCAUCAUCAUCAUCGCCCCAUAUCUUCUGAAGAAGCAGAGUCGUAAGCUGCGACACGCUCUCAUCGUCGGACUGGCAACUUCGGACCUCAUCUCAGCUCUCACCAUCAUUGCAUCGACGUCUUACCUCCUCAAUGGCGGCAAUCUCAUCGAAGCAUCGAGAUUCUGCACUUUUCUGGGCUUUGCCCUUUCCUCAGCGACGUACACGCAACACUUCUGGAACCUCUGCAUCCUAGUCAUCACCUACAUGAUUCUCGUCCAUCCGCUAUCCGGCUUCACCAUGACCAUUGAGCGCAGAGUACUGUGGCUCUGGCCAAUCAUCUGGAUCCUCGCCUUUGCCAUCAAUGGCUUCGCGUGGGGGUUUGCAGGUUUCGGAUACUCAGGAGGGUACUGCUACCUGGGUAAGGGAGCAGGCAUGGACUUUGUCUACCUGUUUCCCCUCGUGCCUCGAUGCAUCGUCGUCGCCAUCACAUUGGUUCUCUACACUCGCCUCUUCUUCUUUCUCAGGCGAACCAAUCUUCUAAACAAGACGGGAUCGACAAGAUCAGGGUCAAUUGCGCGUUCCAUCGCAUCCGAGCGACGCGAUACGCCUCCUCGGAUCGGCGAGUACAAGGGCUCCGACGAGACGAAGAGGGAGGACAACUCAUCUUCAGAGUCGCAUAGGAACAAGUUCUACCUUCCCUUUCUGCGCUUGAAUGGCGCUGCCUCGACUCGCGCAGGGUCAGACACCAGCCACGGCCGCUCGCCGACCAGCCCCUUCAAGUCACGCAAGCACAGCGGGCCGUCACCUACGCUGCUGCCAAUUGAGAUGAGCAACUACGCCAUGACGGGCCCUGCACCUCUGAGCGCGCCCUUGCCUUCAGGCCGAUCGCCGCGCGAUGUUGGCACUCCUUCGAUCGAGCCGCCGCUCUCGCCAAAGAGCACGGGACCAGCUGGGCAGCCACAGGGCGAUCCCUUUGAUCGGAUGCCUGCCCCCUACCUGACUGCUGGUGUUGGCAGCGACUCGACUGCGCCGCCCAGGAGAUCACGGUCCCUCUCUGAGGUUCACAGGAGACGCAGUGACGGCGGCGCCGAAAGCACGACGGCAGCCGUGGAGCCUUCCACACCAUCCGUGGCGUCGCUUCAGCGUACAAACACGGGAACGAGUGGUUCCAGAGAUCCUCUUUGCAAGGACGAGAGAAUCUCUUCUGAUGCGGAUGAAGAAGAGGAUGAGAUCCCCAACUACAAUACCUGGGCCGGCCUCUCACCGAUGAAGCCACGCAGAGACACGCGCGACUUCAACAUGGUGACAGCGCCGCGCGAGCACCUCCGUCACUACGCCAUCAAGGGAGGAGCGAGCAAGGCUGCUGGCAGGCGCCCUUCGACGGCACCCACUCUGCAGCGGGCGCCGAGCACGCCUACGACGCCCACCUUGAGCCUGACGCCCGAGCACGCACCGCUGGCUGUUGUUGGUGGGCAGACGAACUCGCCAUCCAGCAGCAGGAGGCCGAGUGCGCCUAGUGAGGUGGCCAUCGCUAUCCCUGCGGAGCACGCACAGGCUCCUCCCUCCCGUGGAACCGCAGCCGCGUACGAGACGGCGAUGGGCGACGACUGGACGUGGGGUAUGGACGUCACGCGUGCGGGCGGCGGCAGCGGUGGAGGAGGGCGCCGCGGCAGCAUGCUCCCCUCUCAGCUGAGGACUAGCAGCAAGGAUCGUCGAUCGACGCUCAAGACUGGUGGUGCAGGUGGCGCUGCUGCAGGUGUUGCGUCACGGUCUCCUUCCAAUGCCAACGCGGUAGGACUGAGCAGCCACGCCUCGAGCAGCACAGACGAGCACGGUGUAGAGAACAUGGGCUCGACGCUCAAUCGUCAAGCGAGCGCCCUUCUCCUCCUCUACCCGCUGGCCUACAUCAUCCUCUUUUCCAUCUCCCUCGCCCGCCUCAUUCGUGACUUGGUCUCGACGGAGCACCGUACCACCUCCCAGGACACGCUUAACAAUGUGGCUCGCUGGCUCAUCUUGGCGCAGGGUGCGUUGGACUGCAUCAUCUUCAAGCUGAUUGAGCAGCAGUUCCGUGCUAGGAUGAAGAGGAAGAGGGCUAGGGCUCGGGGUGAGGACCCGGGCACUACGUCGACGCAGAAGGCGUGGACGUGGACGAUACACGGAGCAAAGAGGAUGCUCCAGGGAGGGACGGCGGCGAGGGAGCGUAGCAAGGAGGAGGAUUUGGAUUUUAGGCGACCCAGCGGGGGAGUCUGAGGGAAGAAGGGAGGAAGGAGCGGAAACCUAGACUCGAUCGUUGUAUCACACCACAUAAUCACGCUACGCUGCAGGGCCUCUGUGCCUGCUCACUGUACUUCUAGAGAUUCAUUAUCACGGAUCAUCCAAUCAUGGAACCAUUUCACGCUUCAAGCU